GUUAAUACUAAAGAGAAUUAUAAUUUUUACAGUAAGACUACAACUAAAUUUACAUGUGCCAAGGUUGAAUGUCCAUCAUAUUUCACAAGACUAAGAGAUCCAUGUUAUUAUCAAUAUGACAAAGAUUCAUGCUGUGAGGUUAAAAAAUACUGUCCCGAAGAAAAGGCAAUUGGUCAUGAAUGUGUAUAUGACAAUCAGGUUUACAAAAAUGGUCAACGAUUUUAUGUUGGUGAUUAUUUACAAUGUGUUUGCUCACCGGAAUUUAAUGGUACAAUUAGUGAUAAAUCAUGUAGAGAAGUUGGUUGUAGUUAUGAAAUUUUAUACAUGGAAAACAUUUUAUCACGAAGCGCUCCUGUGUAUUUCGAAAAAGUAGAUGGAUGUCCUAUUGAAUGGUUCAAUCCUGAAUAUAAUGCUGCAACUGCUGAUGAAAUAACAUCUACUAGCAAGUCUAAUGAACACAAUUGCAAAUAUGGGGAUUUGAGUAUCUCAGUAGGUCAAAAUAUGACUAUUGGCCAACAAUCUGACUCAGAUACAUAUAAAACAACAUGUUCUUGUAAUAUCCCUCCGUUAGUUACUUGCAUCAAAGUCAGAAAAUAGAUAAUUUAAUAAUAAAAAUAUUUUAGAACACGCAUGUAGAUACUAUAUAAGUAUAUAACUAUUUACAAAGAACGCGCAAAUAUAAAUAAAUGCAAUUAUAAAUACCCAAGUAUAAUCAGGUAUUGUGAACAAUUUGUGUGGGUUUGUGUAGACGUGUCAGUGUGUCAUGUAUAAUUAUAGUAUUAUACAAUUCAAUAAAACUACUUUAUUACAAGUA